AUGCCGAGGUUCAGCGUCAAAUAGAUGCUCGCAGUCUUGUUGAUGCUGCUGGUCUUCGGCGCCUUCUUCUUCUGCGAGUAUCUCAUUUACUGCCCCACCAUCGUCCAGUGCGCCUGGCUCCGGAUAGAGCAUGCGUGCGACGGGGAGGACUCGCCGCCAGUCCGCGCCAUGGUGCUGUCGGACACGCACCUCCUGGGAGCCGUGGGGGGGCACUGGUUCGACAAGCUGAGGAGGGAAUGGCAGAUGGAGAGAGCCUUCCAGACCGCCUUGUGGCUCCUCAGGCCCGAGGUGGUCUUCAUUCUGGGGGACAUCUUUGACGAGGGCAAGUGGAGCUCCCAGAAGCACUGGGAGGAUGACGUGCGUCGCUUCCACAGGAUAUUCAGACACUCCAGCGACACAGAGCUCAUCCCGAAACCCCCGAUCAUGUUACAGCACUACCCGCUGUACAGAGUGAGCGACGCAGGCUGCACAGGCACAGACGCAGCGCCGCCUAGAGAACGACAACUUCUGAUCAGAGAGAAGUACGAUGUGCUGUCAAAGGAAGCCUCCCAGAAGUUGCUGCAGUGGUUUAAGCCCCGCCUCAUCCUGAGUGGCCACACCCACAGCGGAUGUGAGGUUCUCCAUGACAACAAGUACCCAGAAAUCAGCGCGCCGUCCUUCAGCUGGAGGAACCGCAACAAUCCCAGCUUGAUCCUGGCGUCAGUGUCCCCAGGGAGUUACGCUCUGUCCAAGUGUUUCUUACCGGAGGAGAGUACGGUGAUCGGGGUGUAUUGCUGCUUGGUGCUGCUCGUCCUGGCUCACUGUUUAUGGAUGAAAGGCCUGCUGCAGCGCCUCAGCCUGUGCCUGCUGGGGAAGCACAAGUCGCUGUGAAACUACACUACCCAGCAGCCACCGCGACCACCUGGAAGCGGAACAGAGCGAAGAGAAGGACUUGGGAUUCGUUCGAACAUGCUAAGAAACUCUUGGUUUGUGUGAAAGACGCAAAUUUAUAUUUUAGUCUAAAAUCGUGUUUUAAAGGACUUAAAAGUUGUGACAUUUAUGACGUGAUUGUUGCCUGUGUCGCACAAACUGAUUUUAAUGAGUUUGUCUUAUCUUCCGCUAUAGCCCUCAAAAGGCGGUGCUUGUUAUAAUGGUUCAGGUAAAAAAAAAAAAAAAGCUGGGAGUUUCCGGUGAACCAAACGAGCCACCACACUUCCCAGCGCUUUGCCUUGUUUUUGGCAUCCUGAGACAAACUUUAUUAUUAUGAUUGAUGUGAAUCAUUAUUGUUGUUGAGUCAUGUGUGUCCACUGUGAACAUGAAUCACAUUUUGUUAAGGGAUUCCUCUUUUAUGACACACAUCUGAGGUAGCUCACUUUAUGUGCCAAAUGUUUGUGCAAUAUUUUUUGGGGCCAAAUUGUUGACAUUGAACUGUGCAUAUUAAAUCACCAUCUCUAGACCGAGUUGGAGUUUUGUGCAGCACAUAAUCAGAUUAAAGCCAUCGAAGUUGCAAUAUUAGCUCUGUAUCCAUAUUGGUUUUCAGCAAGUAUUCUUUAUUUGUUUAUGAAACUCUCCAAUCUGUUAUUGAACAGUUUUUCAAUUAUUUUAGAAAAUUGUGAAAGUAAAUAAACUGGUCUAUAAUUUGUAAA